AUUUGUAUCUCUUCAACAAAUAAUUUUCAAAAUACAAUUUCUUACGCGACAAUCUAUUUUAACAAGCAUUUAAGUUGAAAAAACUUCCAUAUAUUCAUAGCUAGAAUGUUAGUUAUAAAUUGUAAGCGAUAUAACGCCAUGGUAACGAGAUUUCUGACGACUCGCAACAAAUCCUGAAAUAAUGAUUUUAAGCAGAGCCAAACCGGCGCUACAAACUAACAGCGACUCUAAAAAAGACCAUGGGAAAUCCUCAUCGAAAAACUCGCAAUUCGAAGAAUAUCUCGAGAAACGUGAUUACGCAGGAGCAGUUACUCUACUCGAGUUCAAGCACGUAUCCGAAAACAAGAAGAACAUCAUCGAUGAAUGGCUGGCAUUUUGUGCAUUCCACAGGGGCGAUUACAAAAAGGCCCUACAAAUUUACCAAAAUCUUCAAAAACUUAACGCAGAAAUAGAAAACGCCUUAGUGAACACGGCAUGCUGUUUAUUCUAUUUAGGAAUGUACGAGGAAUCGAAAAGUCUAUUACAAAAAGCACCCCCGAGCGGCCUGAAAUCCAGACUAAACUUCCACCUAGCUCACAAACUAAAGGACGAAUCCACUUUAAUGGAAUACCACGAGCAUUUGCAGGACAUCUUGGAAGACCAACUGAGUCUAGCAGCCAUACAUUAUCUACGAGCCCAUUACCAGGAAGCCAUCGAUAUUUAUAAGCGAUUACUGUUGCAAAACAGAGAGAACAUAGCCCUUAACGUUUACUUGGGGCUUUGUUACUACAAGCUGGACUACUACGAUGUCUCGCAAGAAGUGCUGGGGAUUUACUUGAAUAAAUAUCCCGAUUCCGUCAUUGCUACCAACUUAAAGGCUUGUAAUACGUUUCGCUUGUAUAAUGGAACGGCGGCAGAGAACGAAUUGAAAUCCAUAGCAGAUCAAGGCAGCCAUGUUGGAUUCGGUUACGACUUGCUCAAGCACAAUUUGGUGGUGUUCAGAGAUGGUGAAGGCGCUAUGCAAGUGUUUCCCGGACUUGUCGAUGUGGUACCCGAAGCCCGAUUGAACCUCGUCAUCCACUACCUCAGAAACAACGACACGAGGGAAGCCUUCGAUUUGAUAAGAGACAUCCAGCCGGCCGUGCCUCAGGAGUACAUUUUGAAAGGCGUCGUCAACGCUGCCCUAGGACAAGAAAUCAAUUCGUUGGAGCAUAUCAAAGUAGCCGAAGAGUGCUUUCAUCUAGUAGGCAGUUCUACCAGCGAAUGCGAUACGAUACACGGCAGACAAUGCAUGGCCGCCACGUUUUUCCUCGCCAAUCAAUUCGAAGAGGUUUUGGUCUAUCUCACUUCGAUAAAGAGCUACCUUCAUUCCGAUAACACGUUCAACUUCAACUUCGGACAGGCCAAGACGGCCUGCAAUCAAUUCAAAGAGGCCGAGGAGAUUUUCCUGCUGAUCGACGAUCACAGGAUCAAGAACGAUUACGUGUACGUGUCGAAUUUGGCGCGGUGCUUCGUGAUGAACAAGAAACCGCAGCAGGCGUGGGAGUUGUAUGGCAAAUUGGAGGGCACCGCCGAGGGGUUCAAUCUGUUGCUGUUGAUCGCCAACGAUUGCUACAGAAUGGGGGAGUUUUGGUACGCGGCGAAGGCGUUCGAUAUGCUGGACAAGAUCGAGCCGAAUCCGGAGUUUUGGGAGGGCAAACGGGGCGCUGUCGUCGGAGUGUUUCAGGGGGUUAUAGCUAAGAAAUUCCCGCUGGAUAUGCUGGGCGAUGUAUUGCAGCUUUUGAGAAACACCACGUCGAAUCAGUCCGAACAAAUUGCAAAUGUUGUACGUAGAUGGGCGAAAGAUCAAAGAUUGAGCGUUUCUUAACUUACGCAAUUACUGCAUUUUUGGUUUAUUUCAUUGAUACGUUCCGUUUAAAUUCGUUUUAUACACACAAUAAAAUUUUUCUCGCAAAUCGAACGCUGAUCCUUAACGAUUAAUUCAAAGAUCACAGAUUCGGAUAAACAAAUUUUUCGAACUAGGAAAAUAGUCGUAUCGUCAAUGCCAUUACUCAAUAAUACGUGACCCCGCGUUAUAAAUAGUGAGCAGUCGAAAUACGGAUUUUUUAUUUGUACGUUUGUUUUGUAACGUUCGAGAUUAAAUUUAUCGGCCAAUUGACGUUCUCGGAACGAAUUAUAUUUGUUCGUUUUCGUAUUAAUUUUGUUGCUCGAAAAAAGGUUAUCGCAAUUAAAUCUGGAACUGUUUUUUCGGGGAACUGGCGCUUCGGAUAAGGUUCUAUGAACGAAUCAGGCGUUGGCGACGUUUCGGGUAAUCUAAUGCAAACAAUUAGAUUACUAGUAAUACUUUUAUGAGUGUUAAAAAAUCGAUUGUUAGUUUUGGAGUGUUUAUCUAGCUAAUUAUACUCCGUUCGCCAUCAGGACACAUUUGUAUGCGGAAGACAGGACGAGUAACUCGUCGAUUUAAUAUAAUAAAUAUUCAUAAAGCUAACAUUGCCUAAAACUUAUGUUUAUUUUACUUCGAUAGUACCACUCUGUAUACAGGUAGUGUAAUAAUAGGCUAUCCUUUUC